AAAAAAAUCUCCUUAAGUCUCCAAUUCCUCCAUUCCUCCAAAUAUAAUCUCGUUAAUUCUCUUCUCAUUUAUCGCGCGCCACAAAUUCUUCUUCGUUAUUAUCAGUCUAUCACGAACAUCUUUAUGUUUUGAAUGGCUUCCGAGUCCAAAAUCAUAACUUAUAGAUCUCGCAGAAGCAAGCCUGCUAUGGAUCUAAUGAGUCAACUACCCAACGAUGUAAAGGACAGAAUCAUGGAGUCGCUGGACACUCGAGACGCUGCACGGAUGGCUCUUGUUUCAACUCAAUGGAAGAAUGUUUGGUUGCAGCAUGACCGGCUUGUGUUCGAUCAGGAGUUUUUCGGAUGGAUUGCACAGUGCCUAAGCCUCGAUGAUGAUUUCUCGGCCGCCUUCAGCGUGAUGAAUCAUAUUCUGAUGCUCCGAGUUGGACCGAUUAAGAUGUUUGUGCUAGAGGUUUCCUCCUGGAAUCCCACCCCGCUUCAAUCCGAUAUCGAUAGGUGGUGCAUUUAUCUGUCCAGAAAUGGUAUUGAGGAACUUCAUCUCACCAUCUUUGAAUCCAUAUCCUCCCCUGGUGUACCUAAAAAGCUGCCGGUUUGUAUAAUCUCGUCUCCGACGCUUAUACACCUCGAACUUGAUGGUUUCACUUUUGCUUAUCCAGCUAAAGCAAGUAAUUUUUUCCCUGUUCUCAAAUCAUUGGAAUUUCGGUCUGUUGAUUUUAUGCCUAGUGUUAGUGGGAUUGUUUUUGACAUUCCAAAUCUUGAGCAUUUGGCUUUCUAUUUGUGUGAUAAUAUCCACAACUUUGUGAUCAAAGCUCCAAAACUGAAAAACUUGAUUGUUUAUCCUACUUGGAAAUUUGAUAAAUGGAAAUGGUUUGAGCUUCAUUUUCCAGUUAUUCAAGCGCUUGUCCUGUCUACUCAUUCAUUCGCGUGUACGGAUAGAGACAUUGCCUUGGCGUUGCCAGCUGCAUUAAAUCUCCGAAUGAUUGAGCUCGAUAACUUCAAGUUCAUUUGGGGGAAGCACUUCGUUUUUGCACUUCUAUUGAUUCAAAAAUGCCCAAAGCUAAGCAAACUGAAAAUUGUUCAAGAAGAAGAUGACAUUCUUUGUUUUAUGGAAAACGGAGAAAAUGAUGCAAGUCCAGAGGACUCAGAAGAUUGGUUGAUAAAAAAGGAUUUGGAAAUGCUUAAAACGCUGAAGGUGGAAUCAUUUUGUGGAACUAGACUCGAAGUGUUAUUUAUAAAAACAAUCCUUUUAAAAUCCCCAACACUUAAAGAAGUUAUUAUAGUGGAAGCGCGUGCUAAUGUUGAUGCCACUAAAGCUCUAAAUAUAUCAAAGGAGGAGUUGUUGAGCUUUUCUUGCGCUUCUGCAAAAGCACAAAUUGUCUUUCGGUAGUAACAGCGUUUCGUAAUAUCUUUUCUAAAAGAGUAUACCACAAUUCAUCCGCUACGACUAGUCCCGGCAAUGGCGACAAUUUCUCAGUGGUUAAUACGCAUCAUGACCAGUGAUGUAGGCAGGAUACAUCGCGCUGGGAAGAAGCAAGCCUGGUAUGGAUCUAAUGAGUCAACUACCACAUGAUGUAAAGGACAGAAUCAUGGAGUCUCUGGACACUCGAGACGCUGCACGAAUGGCUCUUGCUUCAACUCAAUGGAAGAAUGUCUGGUUGCAGCAUGACCGGCUUGUGUUUGAUCAGGAGUUCUUCGGAUGGAUUGCGCAGUGCCUAAGCCACGAUGAUGAUUUCUCGGCCGCCUUCAGCGUGAUGAAUCACAUUCUCAUGCUUCGAGUUGGACCCGUUAAGAUGUUUGUGCUUGAGGUUUCCUCUUGGCAUCCAACCCCGCUUCAAUCUGAUAUCGAUAGGUGGUGCAUUUAUCUGUCCAGAAAUGGUAUCGAGGAACUUCACCUCACCAUCUUUGAAUCAUUCCACACUCCUAUACCUAAAAUGCUACCGGUUUGUAUAAUCUCAUCUUCGACACUUAUACACCUCGAACUUGAUGGUUUCACUUUUGCUUAUCCAGCUAAAGCAAGUAAAUUUUUCCCUGCUCUCAAAUCAUUGGAAUUUCAGUCUGUUGAGUUUAUGUCUAGUGUUAGUGGGAUUGUUUUUGACAUUCCAAAUCUUAAGCAUCUGGGUUUCCAUUUGUGCGAUGAUAUUCACAAUUUUGUGAUCAAAGCUCCAAAACUGAAAAACUUGAUUGUUUAUCCUAUUUCGAAAUUUGAUAAAUGGAAAUGGUUUGACCGUUUGAGCUUCAUUUUCCAGUGAUUCAAGCGCUUGUCCUGUCUACUCAUUCAUUUGCGUGUACGGAGAGAGAUAUUGCCUUGGCGUUGCCAGCUGCAUUAAAUCUCCGAAUGAUUGAGCUGGAUAAGUUCAAGUUCGUUUGGGGGAAGCAUUUCAUUUUUGCGCUUCUAUUGAUUCAAAAAUGCCCAAAGCUAAGCAAUCUGAAAAUUGUUCAAGAAGAAGAUGACAUUCUUUGUUUUAUAGAAAACGAAGAAAAUGAUGGAAGUCCAGAGGACUCAGAGGAUUGGUUGAUAAAAAAAGAUUUGAAAAUGCUUAAGACGCUGAAGGUGGAAUCAUAUUGUGGAACCAGACUCGAAGUUUUCUUUAUAAAAACAGUCCUUUCAAAAUCUCCAACACUUAAACAAGUUGUUAUAGUGGAAUCACGUGCUAAUGUUGAUGUCACCAAGGCUCUAAACAUGUCAAAGGAGGAGUUGUUGAGCUUCCCUCGCGCUUCUGCAAAAGCACAAAUCAUCUUUCGAUAGAGAAAGUAAGUUUCAAGUAGAUGGGUUCCGUUUUGGUAUAUCAUACAUGUGUUAGAACUUAGAUACAAUAGAUAAAGCGUGGGUAUGUUGUUUUGUCAGUAUGUUUUACAGUUUUAGCAUGAUUAUGAUAUCUUAAGAGAUGUGAGCUUAUUAAGCAUCAUAGUACAGAUUGCCAACUUAAAAUAAUUGAGGUUCCACU